AAAACGAUGACGCCGGGAAUCAGCUACCGCCUUCUGCAGAAUCCGGGGUGGUCACGAUUCUUCGUCACGACGUUGUUCGCCACCGCUUAUUGUGCGGCGAUCAGUAAUGUUGCUGCGGUGGCGGGGCAGAGCAGUAGCAAUAACGCGACGGUGGCUAUGAACGUAGGGUCAAUUUCCGAUUCCGACGGUUCGCGCACUAACAACACCACCACCCGCGCCGUCAUCAACACCACGAAUUCCAGCAGAGACGGCGUUGUUGAAGCUGCUGCUGCUGAUUCAGAUAUUGCAGGAGCAGCCGUGAACGUGGUUGAGGGAGAUAAGCAGACCAAAAUAGAAGAAGCAAGGAUUGGCAAGAACAACAGGAGGUGCAAGGAGUCUAGUACCUCGGUUGCUUCAGAGAACAAGCGUUGGUUGAACAGCUUCCGGAGCCUGUUUCUGAUUGCUGGCAUGGCUGCAGUUUUAGCAAUCUGUGUUUUUAUCGUCGUGUUCGUUUACAAGCACGGGAAGCUUGUGUUGCCCCAAGAAGACGAUUCACAAUGGAAACCUUCGUUCUGGAGAAGAAGUCAGGAUCUGUUCAGGACGUUCGACACGAAAGAUCUCAAAUGCCGUACUAUCAGGGACGACAGAGUUUGUAGCGACGUUCAUCUCGCCAAUGUGAAUGCGCUGAGCCCCUCCACGUAUUCCGUUCGCCUGGAGUUUCCUGCGGAUUCACCAGAAACACCUACUCUGAUGAUGGAAUCUUUGUGGAUUCGACCCGAAGACCUACUCCGAUGA